AUGGAACAGGAGAAAUAUCUGCCUGAGCUGAUGGCAGAGAAAGAUAGCUUGGAUCCAUCCUUCGUGCAUGCAACGCGCCUCCUGGCCGAAGAAAUUGAAAAGUUUCAGGGUUCUGAUGGGAAAAAAGAAGAUGAAGAAAAGAAAUAUCUUGAUGUCAUCAGCAACAAAAACAUAAAACUGUCAGAGCGAGUACUGAUUCCUGUCAAACAGUAUCCCAAGUUCAAUUUUGUGGGGAAAUUGCUCGGACCAAGAGGAAACUCCUUGAAGAGGCUACAGGAAGAGACAGGUGCUAAAAUGUCUAUCCUGGGGAAAGGAUCAAUGAGAGAUAAAGCAAAGGAAGAAGAACUAAGGAAGAGUGGGGAAGCCAAAUAUGCACACUUGAGUGAUGAACUUCAUGUGUUAAUCGAAGUCUUUGCUCCACCUGGGGAAGCUUAUUCACGUAUGAGUCAUGCAUUGGAAGAGAUUAAAAAGUUCCUUGUUCCAGAUUACAAUGAUGAAAUUCGCCAGGAACAAUUGCGUGAGUUAUCUUAUUUGAAUGGCUCAGAGGACUCAAGUCGUGGAAGAGGUAUUAGAGGAAGAGGAAUCCGGGUACCUCCUACGGCUCCUACAAGGGGCCGUGGAGGUGCAAUUCCUCCUCCCCCACCACCUGGACGAGGUGUUCCAGCACCCAGGGGGACAACUGUGACACGUGGUGCUCUUCCAGUACCCCCAGUAGCAAGAGGGGUUCCAACUCCUAGAGCAAGGGGAGCUCCAGCUGUUCCAGGAUACCGGCCACCCCCUCCCCCAGCCCAUGAGGCCUAUGAAGAAUAUGGAUAUGAUGAUGGCUAUGGAGGUGAAUAUGAUGACCAGAGCUACGAGGCCUAUGAUAGCAGCUAUGCGACCCAAACACAAAGUGUGCCUGAAUAUUAUGACUAUGGUCAUGGAACAAGCGAAGACGCCUAUGACAGCUACGCACAAGAAGAAUGGGCCCCAACCCGUUCCAGCCUAAAGGCACCACCUCCAAGGGCAGCCAGAGGGGGAUACAGGGAACACCCCUAUGGUAGAUAUUGA